CGGAGGAUCGCCGUGGAUAAAUGCGCCCGCCGCGUGCGCCAGGCCCUGGCCAGCGUCAACUGGGACACCAAACUCAUCCAGUGGCUCCACACCACCCUGGUGGAAACCCUCAGCCUGCCCGUGCUGGCUGCUUACCUGGAUGCCCUGCAGACCCUGAAAGGAAAGAUUCCGGCGUUGAUCGAUAGGAUGUUGUUGUCCUCCACGGCCAAGACGGGAGCAGCGGGGGCUGAGGCGCUGUCACUGCUGCUCAAGAGGCCCUGGGACCCUGCUGUGGGUGUUCUGUCUCAUAAUAAACCUAGCAAACUGCCGGGAUCUCCCCUGAUCCUCAUCGCGUCCUCCGGCCCCGCCAGCUCCGUGUUCCCCACGUCCCGACGGCAGCGAUUCUGGCAGUCCCAGCUCUCCUGCCUGGGGAAGGUCUGUGGGGCU